CUUGGAGCCCUGGGAAGCUCUUCACCCAGCCCACCCUCCUUCCAACAAGACAACACAGCCGCCUCUACGAAUUUAGGCUCCUCCAUUUUCCCUCGUGUGCCAUCUUCCAUCAGCACUCCCUCAAUUCCCUCCCCAAAUUCUGCUGCGCGCCUCUGUCCGCCAUGUGGGAUGACGAGGACAAUAAUCCCUACGGGUCCUUUGCCCGCCAUGAUUCCAACACGUCUGAUGUGCCAGGCCUCGUCUCCCCCAGCGCCUUGCCAUACCACCCCGCCACACCUCCCUCGAUCGAGUCGUCGUCGCCCACGCACGAGUCGCCCGAGUACAUCUCUCAGCGGGACAUGAGCGAUAUCGAGUACAACGAUGAACCCUCAAGCGGAGAGCCAGUCGCGCCCAAGAAGGGCGGCUACGACAGUCGCGUGGAGCAGUGGUUGUACGAGAACCCUGCGUCGCCCAUCCUCAUCAGCUAUGCCGGGAAGAACGUCGAGGGUGGCGGCAACUACAUCGUCUACACCAUUGAUACCGGCAACAUCACGGUGAAGCGCAGAUACUCCGAGUUUGCCUCACUCCGCGUCACGUUAGUCAACCUCCACCCCACCCUCAUCGUUCCUCCAAUACCCGAAAAGCACACCAUGGCAGACUACGCCGCGAAGCCAACCAAGGCAAAGGAAGACGCCGGCAUCAUCGAGCUAAGGAAGCGCAUGUUGGCCGUGUUCCUCAACCGGUGCAGGAGAAUGAAGGAUGUUCUGGAAGAUGGAGUCUUUUGGAGGUUUUUGGACCCUAAUGCGAGUUGGAACGAAGUGCUUCAUUCUCCGCCGGUGUCUAACCUCCCCAAAAACGUCCUUAAAGCCCCCCCGCUCGAUGCUGCAAACCCCAGUCAAGCCCACAGCUACCUACCCGUUCCCUCUUCAUCCGCCAAGCUCAGGACCUCGGGCCCGACAUCACAUUCCGGAACGCCCACGUCACCGCCCAGCUAUGCCGCCACUCCCUCUACUGCCGCCCACACAACGCCAGGUCCACAGAUAUUCGGUCGCUUCCCGCCAGAGUCGAAGAGUCUUUCCGAAGAAGAACUAGAUCCUUAUUUUAUAAACUUCGAAGUCUCCUCCAAAGAACUGGAGACCCUACUGCAAGGCAGCAUGGAGAAGGUUAAUCGUCGCACACUAUCACACCUUCAGGCAUGGGGUGAUGAUAUGGCAGAGCUAGGUGGUCGGUUAAAUACAUUCUCCCUCAACGAGCAAUCGCAAUCAUUGGCUGCUGCAAUCGAGAAGGUUGGGCAGGCCGUCGACUCGACCUACAUAGCUACAGCAGAGUUGUCCUCAUCCCUAAGUGCGAGUUUUGCCGAGCCGAUGCGGGAGAGUGCACAAUUUGCGGGAGUCGUACGGAGCGUACUUCGGUACCGAGUUCUUAAGCGCAUUCAAGAGGAUAUGACUAAAGAUGAGCUGGAAAAGAAGAAGAAUCUACUCGAUUCACUCGAGCGCAGCGAAGCGGAAGCUAAACGCCUUGAACAGCACUUGAGUGGGGCAGGCCACACAAGUCCUGCGCGAGGUCGAUCAACAUCAAAUAGCUCAACGCGCAGCAACCCAGAAAGGCGACUAGAAGAGGACACUGCAUCAAUUGACUCCGACUUCCCUCCCACACACGGUGAACAACCGCCUUCGUCAUCGCAAGGCGCUCCAGAACCUAGCUCACCGACAGGCAGCCCGCAUAAGAAGAGCGCCAGUGGGAACUUCGUGACCAGUAGGCUUUUCGGACCGAUCAGUCAUGCCUUCAGGGGGAUGGCGGAUGUCGAUCCAGAGAGGUCAAGGCGAGAUCAAAUUGGGAAAACGCGGGAGAGCUUAGUACAGCUUGAGCAAGCCUUAAAGGUUGCUGAGAAAGAUACCAAAGACGCCAGCAGUGGUGUCUUGAAGGAUCUAAGGCGGUUCCAGGAGGAAAAGGAGAAUGAUUUGCGCAGAUACAUGAUGGAAUUUGCACAGUGCCAUAUUGACUGGGCGAAGAGGAAUCAAGCAGCUUGGGAGGAAGCCAAAGCUGAGGUGCAGAACAUUCAGCCGCAGUCGGAAUCCGAAUGAGGCUCUGCAGGCGUGCAUUGAAUGCCACCAUCCAACUGUGUAUCUUGUUGGAAUGUAUUAGAUAAAGACGUAAUACUGUUG